AUGGCGGCGCAGUCGGACGGGGGGUGCCCGGGGGCGGGGGCGGGGGCGGGCCCCCCCCGGCCCCGCUACGGCCUUCGGGACUGCUGCUGGGGCCUCUGCGCCCUGCUCGUCUUCCUCUCCGACGGCGCCACCGACCUGUGGCUGGCGGCCGACUACUACCUGCGGGGCCGCAGGGCCUGGUUCGCCCUCACGCUGCUCUUCGUGCUGCUGCCGUCGCUCGUCGUGCAGAUGCUCAGCUUCAGGUGGUUCGUCUACGACUACUCGGCGGCGGCGGCGGCGGCGGCGGCGGCGGCGCCGGGGAGGGCCCAAGGCUCCAAGGACGACGGCGGGACCGGCGGGACCGGCGGCCCCCGCGGCGGCCGCAAGGGGGCGUUCAGCACCGCGGACAGCGCGCGCGCGCCGCGCCUCCACGGCGCCCCCGGCGGCGAGGGCCGGAACGCCGGCACCAAGGACAGCGCGCCGAGGGACGCCCCCGGCGGGCUGGGCUCGGAACUGGCGGCCGGAGCCCGGGGGUCUCGCCGCAGGUGCUGUCGCCUGUGUGUUUGGGUGCUGCAGUCGCUCAUUCACCUCCUGCAACUCGGACAGGUCUGGAGGUACGUCCGGGCAAUGUACCUGGGCCUGCAGAGCCGCUGGCAGGCCGACCCACUGGGCCGACAUUUCUACUGGCGGAUGAUGUUUGAGAGCGCCGACGUCAGCAUGCUGAGGCUCCUCGAGGCCUUCCUCAAGAGUGCUCCCCAGCUGGUCCUGCAGCUCGCCAUCAUGGUCCACCAGGGGUACCCCGAACCCCUGCAGGGGCUCUCGGCGUCGGCCUCGCUGGUGUCUCUGGCCUGGAUGAUCGCCUCCUACCAGAAGGUCCUCCGUGACUCCCGCGACGACAAGCGGCCCAUGUCCUACAAGGGGGCGGUGGUCCAGGUCCUUUGGCACCUCUUCACCAUCGCCGCCCGGGCCGUGGCCUUCGCCCUCUUCGCCUCCGUGUCCCGGCUCUACUUCGCCAUCUUCCUGGUGGCCCACUGGUCCCUCAUGACCCUGUGGAUCAUCCAGGGGGAGACGGACUUCUGCACCUCCAAGUGGGAGGAGGCCGUCUACAACAUGAUGGUGGGCAUCGUCUACGUCUUCUCCUGGUUCAACGUCAAGGGGGGCAGCAGCUGCUGCCGGAUGGGCGCCUACUACAGCCUGGCGCUCCUGGAGAACGCCGCCCUGACGGGCUUCUGGUACUACCACCACGGCCUGAACUCGGAUUUCCAGGCCUUGCUGCUGGUCUGCGCCGUGGCCUGCUGCUUCGCGCUGGGCGUCUUCUUCAUGCUCGUCUACUACUGCCUCCUGCACCCCAACGGGCCCAUGUUCGGGGCCCGGGGGCCCCCCGAGGCCCCCGCCGGCCCCCCGGCCCCCGAGGCGGUCACCGGCCCCCCGCGGCCCCCCGCCGGGGCGGAGAGGGACGGGGUCCCCGAGCCCGGGCCCGUCUUCCAGGUGAGGCCCGGCCUCCCGCUCCCGGCGGGCCCGGCCCCCCGGACAGAAGGGCCCGUGAUCCGGAUAGACCUGCCCCGGAAGAAAUAUCCGGCCUGGGACGCCCACUUCAUCGACCGCCGGCUGAGGAAGACCGUCCUGGGCCUGGAAUAUUCCUCCCCCGCCACCCCCCGUCUGCAGUACUGCAGUCUCGGGGCCGCCCAGGAGCUCCUGGAGUACGAGACUACCGUGUAGACCACCCCGGGCGGGGGACCAGCUGGGCCUGGUCCUCUCACGAGCCUCUGGGACGGUUGAGGCGGGCCUGGGGGGUUGGAGGAUGGCUCCCCGUCCCCCACGUAAACACAAACACACAUCCGGGACCCCCCUCCGGGGUCCACAGGGAAUCAAACGGUGCUAAGGAGACCCCCCCCACCUCAACACACAUUCACCCACACAUACACACCCCGCUCACGGGGCGGUUCCCCAUCCCCCGUUUUCCUCCCC